AUGAAUGAUGAAAAGAUAUUUGACCUUGCUCUUGAUCAGUCCACAGCCAGCAAUGGGCUAUUCACCGUCAUAGAGAGGAAGCCCCUCUCGUCACUCGAGAAUAAUGAAAGCCUGAAUCUGAGCAACCUGAGUGACCCCCUGGGCAAUUCCAUCGAUGGAGUAAAUAAAAAGGCCAAGGAUUAUACCACCCAGAAUACAGAUAAGGAUAAUAUUUGUGAAAUAUAUCGCCUGAACACCUCCCAGCUUCUAAAUGACCAACUAGAGAAUGCAGUGAGCAGAAUCAGUUACGUGGACGAUGAUGUGUCUUCCUUCUAUGAUUCAGAUAAAGAGGAUGAGUUUUAUUUCGACAAUGACAUUUCAACCUUGGGUUCAUGUUAUUCUGUUUCUAGUCCCUCCAAAAUAAGUAAAGGGAAAAAAGUCAGAACCAGUGUCGCUGCAUCUGUUUCUAAAGGAUAUGGUGGUGGAAGGGGUUCAGAUGAGGAAAGGACCAAAUACAACCCGUUUUUUGAUCCCACUUUUCGAAAUGACUCUCCUGUUAGUGUUAACCAGGUGGGAAAAAAACUACACGCUAGAGCCCCCAGUAGAUACACACAGCCAUACAGUCGUCACGGGGGAAGAACCAGAUUAGCCUCCAUGGAUGCAUCGAACGAAUCGCUUCAAAAUGAUCACCAUGAUGCGGAGCACGAUGAAGAUGGUGAUGGUGAUAAUAAUACUGAUGAGGAGGCACAACUGGGGCUGCAAGACCAUGAUGACCACAUGGGGAACUCGCAAAGUAGCAGCCACGAGAAGGCCAUUCGGGUGAAUAAAAAUGUGUAUAGAAUUGUGAACAUUGGACAAGGCGGGGAUGAUGAUAAGGAGACAGUCAUUAGGAGGAUUGCGCAGGUGAGGAAGACUAUGCUGAGGGAGAAGCACGCGGAGGGGGAGGCAGAUGGCGGGUCUCCGCCUCAUUACGACACAACAUGGAGUGUCUCCAAACUGAGGGACCUGCGCACGGGCAAGGGGGCAUUCAAGGAAGACCGUGAAGGGAACAGAACCCACAACCGAUUUAGCGAAGGCAUUUAUUUGAGGAAGAAUGAGAACAUCUCCCGCUAUAACAGUGACAGGAGAGUAAAAUAUGUACAUGCGAACGACCAGGGGGGAGACAUAUACAUGCAGCUCGAUCGCGGCGACGACAAUUAUGAACACACCAAGGAGGUAGAACCAAGUGGUAACUCACAAUUUAAAAAGAAGAAAAAAUAUUUGUUUCUUUCGAAGCAGCCCGGACAACAGGGCACUGCUGGGGAUGCACAAAAGUACGUGACCACUGACGACCAAGAUGAAAUGAGCCAUCACUAUCUGCAUGGAAAUGGAGUGUACGAGAAGAAACAGGUUAGAAGUAGCAGACCGUUUGCAGACCUGCCAGAGGAUAUAGCCCGAGGGGAGGCAUCAUUCCAUGAGAGCGAGCCCAAUGUGGACAUGACAGGCAGCACCGACGGAGGGAUGAUGGACGACCAUGUUGAGGAAGACGCUUUUCAGAGUGGAGGAGCAGUCCCCCAGCGCAGUCGAUAUGGAGAGGGCCACGUGCAGAAUGUGAGGAAAGGGGGAGACAGUGGCGAAAUGAGGGAAAGACGCGGUAAAGGUGACAAUGUAAACCGUCGCGCCUAUCGCUUCCAUCAGUACAGUGGAAUAGCAAAAGGCUAUCAUCGCGUCGCGCGUGUGAGGAGAGACACCGGAUACAGUGCAGACGGAAAUGCGAACCUCGAAGCGGAUGAGAGGUAUGACAUUGAUGAAGGGGUCGACGAUUCAAAUUAUUCACAACUGAAUAAGAGAGUAAAUAGGAGAAUGCACCAUGUGAACCAGCAAAACAGAAAAGAGUACAUACACGAAAAUGAGCACCCACCACGAAGCAUGCAUAUUAAUGGUUACGAUAAGACACAGAAUGGGAUGUACUCCUAUGAAGAGGAGAGCUUGGAGGAUCCUAAACAGGAUGAGUUAUUCACUGGUGAGGUGUAUCCUGCGCGUGACAUGCAUACAGUGGGGGAAGGAGGUGCAACCACGUACUUUAGAAGUGCGCACAGUAGGGGUUACAAAAAGGUACGCGGUGAGGACGAUCAGGAGAAGGAUGGAGAUGAAGACAGAAUGUAUGUACAUGAUGGAAGGAUGGAUCAAGACACGAAUUAUAAGAAAGGCAUGUAUCGACAUGGGAGGUACCCAGUGGGUGUGCGUGGGGCGAACCAAGGUCGGAUGGACGGUCGUUACCAUCAUGAUGAUCGCUACCACGAGGAAGAGAACUCGUUUAAUAACUACUGCGACGGGCGCACCUCUACUAACCCGCACGCGUAUCAUCGCAGUGAAUACCUGAGUGGGGUGAACCCAUCUUAUAGAAGACAAGGUUCGAGUGAGAACCAAAUAAGUACUUACGCACGUGGGGGGAAUAGGAAGUAUGAGGACGGGCAAAGUGGUGAUCCUCACGAUGGUGUUGACAGGCAUGCUUCGUAUGGCACAGGUCAUCCCGCGGGUGUAUCCCGGGGGGCCAACUACCCGAGCGAUUGUUACAACAGUAAGCGCGCGCACCAAAGGUUGAGCGGUCACUCAAAUGGAGUACAUCAUGCGGGCAGCCAUUAUCACAGCGCGUAUAACCGCAUUCACCCGCGAGGUAGCUAUGAAGGGGACGAGUAUUACGAGGAGGGAACCCCAUCCGAUCAGGCAGAUUAUUAUGACCCACGUGCUAUGUCAUAUGAACAGCAUGAACAGCAUGAAGUGUAUGAGCAGCUACGGACACACGAUGAUCAGAGGAAUGCCUUUUCGAAAAAGACCCCUCCAGGAAGUCACAGUGGAGCCAAGCCGUAUUUUGAGGAAGAAGGAGUGAAUCACAAAAAUGAGUACCUACACAAUGUACCUUAUCACAAGACACAGUUGAAUAGAGACGACAUACAUGGUCAUAACAAUAAGGCUGACUUACAUAAAGAGAGUCCCCCCACGAUGGCUGCCGACGCUCAUGUAUUAUUGAAUGACAAAUCGACUCACAUUUUAAGUGACGUUAAGGAGAAUGCAACACAAGUCAGUGAAGGAGGCGCGCAAAUUCUUCCCACCGUUGUGGAUGCAAAUGUGCCUCAUGAUAAUGCGACCACGGUUAGUAAUGCAGCCGUGGUGGGGAACGCACUUCCGCCGCAGAUCGUGAUGCAGCUCGCCACGCAGAGCACUACGCAGGGUGUGCCACCCGCCGUGCAGGAAAACCAGCCGCAAGCGCAACCGCCGGUGAAGCGCAAGCGGGGAAGACCCAGAUUGAAGAAAACUACCACCCCGUCGGAGGAGGCCCCAUCGAACGACUCUCAAAGCAACGUGUCGACCGCACAAGCAGUGGCCGUCCCCACUGUGCAGCUGAAUAACCAAACGGGUGCCCCUGCAGCUGGCCAGAUCGCUAACAUGAGCAGUGAACAGAAUCAGCCCCCGACCCUCUACAGCAACAUGGGCUCCGCAAUUAACCCUGUUUAUAACAACCAGAUGAGUAACCCCAAUGCACACCUGCAAAUGACAAUGGAGCAUCCCCAGAGUUACCAGUUAGGAGGACCUACCCUGGUGUUAGGGCAGACUUUAGGGCAGCCUGUAGGACAGCCUGUGGGACAGCCUUUAGGGCAACUACUGGGACAGACCCAGGGGCAUCCCCUAGCCGACCCGCACAACCCGAUGAACCAGUUAAACCAGAUGAACCCCUUGAGCGCGCAGCUGGCGCAGCAGAUGGGCCUUCCGGUGGGACAGCACCUGAACCCCCAAGUGGGCAACCACAUUGGUCACCAAAUGGGCCAACACAUUGGGCAGCAGCUCAGCCAGAUGCACACACAGAUGGGGCAACACAUGAGCCAGCAGAUGGGCCAGCAUAUGAACCACCACAAUGGAUACCUCCUCCCAAGCAGAACCAACAACCACUUCGCUCCCAACAUCAAUGAAGAUCAGUACCCUGCACCGUACGGAUCCUUCGAACCAGAUGCACCAAGUCAUGUAGGGCCCAAUUUGUGUAGCAGGAACUUUGAACAAGUGAGAAACAACAGGGACCACAUGUCUUACGAGGAGGCAGACAAUGGAGAGUAUCACACGAAUAUAAGGACAACUAGAUCGCAUGCAAGUGGGUCCGAGGACAGGCAUUCCGAAAAGGACAUUAAAAAGGUACAAAAAAAAAGAGGCAGAAGAAGAAAAAAUGAAGUGGAUCAACCAGACACACAUUAUAAAAGAAGCAACAGUAGUAGUAACCAAAGCAACAUGAACCAUGCAGAAGCCAAGUCUGUGGACUCGUAUAGAAACAACUCCAAUGAGGACAGCCACUCCAGCAGUGAAAACAGGGCGGACCAGGACUACUCCACGUUCGUGGACGAGAACAACAAGAUGGUGUCGUACAGAGUCGCGUACAAUCCCGCGGACACGGUAUGGGAGAGGCUCUCCGGCGUCAAGAUCGGCCCGCUGAUACUUACAGCCCAAAGCAGAACCACGAAUGUCAUUUUGGCCAAAAACAGAUCCAUCCAGCUCGGAAACAUAAACCACAACCUCAUAUAUGGGUACAUUUACAAAGGCGACAACGUCAGACUAACCAUUGGAAAGGAGACAAGAUCGGUGAAGACCGGCUCGCUAUUCUUCCUGCCCAGCUACAACUACUGCAGCAUACAUAACGAUGACGAGUAA